GCUAUUCAUUUCACAUUUCACAUUGUAAGGCCAAACCUAGUGUUUGCAUGGAACAACAAGCACUCAAGUCUUGUGAGUUAUCUGUACACACGUAGCAGAAUGGUAGUUUGGACUGUAUAGGCCACCAUUGCACCAAGUUUUUAUUGUGGAAAUGUGAUUUACUAUGAGAAACUUAUAAAUUAUGGAACUGAGUGAGUAUAUUAUGUAUUCCAAACAAAAUCAAAUAGAAUAGUUUGCGCUCUUGGUUGCUACUUAACACACCAGCAUGAAUCAUUGCAUCACUAUAGGUCAUUUUGUUUUCUCUUCUCAUUUCUACAUGCUUAUGUAAAAAUUGGGAUUCGAACAUUGUUGUGCAGUAUGUAAGCAACCAGUUUGAUAUGUGGCAAAGAUGUUGGUCAGCAAUUGUAAACUACCACAAAAUUAAUGUUGUUCCAAGUAAAACAGCUUAGAGAAGUACACCCUCUGUUCCUAAAUGUAAGAUGUGCCUUGAUAGUUCAAUUUGAAUUGCUAAGACGCCUUACAUUUAGAAACAGAGGUAGUAUAAAGCUUUAGGUGUUUCUUACUUCCAUAUGAAGAGCUACUAAGCAGUAACAAUUUUAUAGGGUUCUCUCGUCGCCAUGGCUGGCCCUAAGCGAGGGAUAAAUAUGCUUUCCACUGCUCUAGUGGAAUUUGACAUGAGGAUCAAGGUAGGCAAGGAAGAAAGGCAUGACUGCCAGCUGAUCGAUGGUGUAUCAGACCUAGACGACCUGUGGAGCCCAUGGGAUUGUGCACUCAAAUAUCGCAUCGAUGGUGACUGUGGCACAGUUGAUUUAACCGUAUCACGUAUUGAUCGUGCAGUCAUGGCGAAUGUAGAAGUUGUCGUGUCAGAAGUGCGGAGCAGUUUUGAUCUGUGCUUCCAUUGUUUUAUCGGUGGUUAUGACGAAGAAAUUCGGCUCUUCAAUGGUACAAUUGGCGAGUCGCGUCAUUUAACGAGGUCUGUGGUUGCUGUAGUGGAUGGUUCCACUGUGGAUUUGAAGUUCGAGGUUGCCUCGGAGCCAUCCGAUUCAGCGGAGCACUACUACUCCUUCAAGGCGGGCAUGCAUGGGCUUGAUACUCGAGAGAUGAAGACUGAAUUCGGGUUGAUCUCAGUGAAGGUGACUUGGUCGACUCUGCUCUCCAUCUAGUAGGCUUAUUGCAGCGCUUGAAUGAAGUAUGUCGAAAAGUUGUGUUUGAGGAAUGGGCCAA